GUAGGAAAGGUAGCUAAUCCUACGCCCCAAUUAUUAUCUCAAAAACCUAACUAGAUGCUUCCGCACAAACUCAUUUAAGCAUAUACCUUCCCAUAACAAAAUCUCAUAUACAAUGGUAUAGAGUUGCAAGGAUCAAAAUCUCUAAUCGAGAAUCAACUAUGCCGAACAACAGAAAUGUUGCAGAUGGAGAAUUUCAUUAUUCAUCUACUCAAGAAUCAACAAAUAUAGAUCAACAUAAUUCAUAUGAUGAUAAAGAGUAUUUGCAAAAGGCAAUGAUAAAUGCACUAUUUGCAUAUGCUGAAGCAUCUAAGGCAAAAUCAGAUUUUGUUUUAGCUGAAAGAAAGAGCGUAAAUCAUACUUGUUCAAUUACAGAGUGUGUGAGGGUUCUUAAUGAGAUUGAAGAUGUUAGCGACGAUGUUUAUAUGAAAGCUGUGGAGAAAUUUAUGGAUCCUAAUUGGAGAGAAGUGUUUCUUGCUAUGUGUAUUGAUAGAAGAAAAGAAUGGUUGGUUAGACUUUAGGGAAAUUGAUGUAAUUGUGUUUAUGAUGAACAUGUGUAUGUGUUUUUGAGAUUUAUCAUGUAAUUUUGCUUGAAUUGGUUGAUUAUGCAAUGUGAAUGCUGUUGGCUCUGAGCUGCUAUUGCUGCAGCAGAAUGUGACUUGAAUGUAACAAAAGCGACUGACAGAAAGACAACUCCUAACACCGAUCAAGAUUCUUUGUUUUCAGAUUUUUUUGGUAGUAUUCAGGUAUCCUCUGUGCGCAACUGCAGAGACUAAUCUCUCGAGCCGGAUAGGACCGCAGUGGGUGGCAAAGGUUCUUUGUUUUCAGUUUUUAUAAUCAAACAGCAAAGAAAACUUUCAAUGAUCAAUUUUUCGAAGAAGGAAAACACAGCUGCACAAAAGUUGGUAAUGCAGAGGUUGGGCUGCGAUGCAGUUGCAGAAACUUCUGUUGUUACCUUUUUCUUGAGCAUGUCUUUGCAUUUUACGUGGUGAAUCUUGUGACAAAUUGCAUGAAGCUUUUCCUCAAGCAGACCUGCUUUUGAAGUCUGUUGUUGUGAAAAAUAAUAUCAUUCUUAUGUUUUCUUCCCUUGGAAGUCUCUUUCAAGUUCUCUAUUUUUCUUGCAAGAGACUUUGUCUGGUUCUACUUGUAAAAACAUGUUCCUACCGUUACUCACUAAAGAAAAACUCAAACCGAAAUUGUCUCCUUUGAAAUAAGGCGAAUCACACUUCAUACCAUUAACUCAUCAAGAUCUUUAGUGUAGUACACCAUUUGAUAGCAAUAUUAAGUAUUCGGAUAGUGUUUUGAGAAAAAAUGAUCAACACAACAGUCGUGAGCUUUGUGACCAAUGCAUAAUGGAAU